GCUCCAGUUCAUUGGGGCUCUGUGUUUAGAAGCGGAGGAGCCGUUGGUGACAGCCGGUGUCGUACUCUUCUGUUGUGCUCCGGAGACGCUGACCAUGGAUUCCAGUGCUGAGCAGGAGACACGGCUGUGCGGAAACUGUAAACGUGACAUUCCUGUGGUUAACUUCACCAUCCAUGAGAUUCACUGCAGACGCAAUAUCAUCAUAUGUAAGCUGUGCAAAGAGCCGAUCCCCAGAAGUGAGAUGGAGGAUCACCAUGCCAGUGAGCAUGCCCUGGUGACUUGCAAAUGCAGCAUGACCAUGGAGAAGUGUGCACUGGAGGAACAUGAGAAAUCCUCUUGUCCUUUGCGUCUGGUUAAAUGCCAGUUUUGUGAGCUGGAAGUGACCUUUAAUACACUAGAAAAUCAUGAAGAUUAUUGUGGCGCUCGGACUGAGCAGUGUGAGAAUUGUGGCUCCAGUGUAAUGAUUAAGGACCUCACGGAGCACCCGGCUGUGUGUGGCAAAGUGAAGGCGCAAAAGAAACCGGCGAGAGUCCACAGUUGGGAGGACAGCAGAGACUAUGCGGUGCCGUCAUUUCCGUCUGUGAACAGAAGCGCCUUAGUGAACAACCUUCUUUCUCAGGUGCCAAGUCACGUACCCAAGAGAUUUUAUAGAAAUUCCAUUUUAACCCAAUUAGAUGACCUAAACCAAUACACGAGGAGAGAACACGAGACAGAUAGGACUCCUCAGGAUCUGGACAUAGACAGUCCACUGGAUUUUUUCGAUCACCUUUUGGAGGAAAAGCCUAAACCAUUCCGCAAUUAUGAUCACUCCCAUCUUCAACGGCGUCAGAACAGAACUCGAUCAAGUCCUGAGUCUGAUGAUAACUUGGACUUCUGGCGUGACUACUACUGCAAAGAUAAUAAAAUGAAGACGAAUGUCGAGGGACGAAGCAACCUUAACUAUUUCUCCACCAGUGAAUCUGCGCACUUAAAUUCACCCAGCACACCCACCGCCGAUGCCAUCCAGCUGCCCUGCGAGUUCUGCGAAGAGCUCUUUCCUGAACAUGAUCUGAUCUUACACCAGUCUGGUUGCAGGCCCAGUGUCACUUCCUCGGUUAGAAGACGUUCCCCUAGUCCCCCGCUGGACUUCAUUGAACAUCUUAGAUCAUCUUCACCUCCUGCUCGCAGUCCUCAGAGUGUCAUCAUUCCAUGUGAAUUCUGUGGUGUCCUGAUGGAAGGGGAUAUCCUGUUUCAUCAUCAGGAUCAAUGUGACAUGGGACCAAACUCUGAGAAAACAUCCCACUUUUCAGCGCCAUCCUUUUCUGAUAAUGUCUCCCCCGAGGUCGCCUCUGAAGAUGAGUACAGAAGUUACAUGGUUCCCACACCCUCCCAGACACUCGGUCACAGAGCAGCAUCAGGGAGUGAAGCCACAGUCUCUUUCAGGAACCAGACAAGAAGGAAUGCAGAUAACGCAACUAGAGCUCAUGGCAGAAUUGACAAUCUAUAUCGUCCAUUGAAUAACACUCGUCAGUCCAGUCUUGAAGAAAUGAGAAAAGGGAACAUGGAAGAGAAUGCCAGAAUGGCCAGAAGCCAAUCCGAGGAUUUCUUUGGUCAUACACAGGGAGCAUCAAGCAGGAACACCAGCACCAGAGGCAAGCCGAAAAAGAAGAUGAACUCAAGGUCUGACGAAGUUGAUAAGGAGGAGUAACGUCUCUAUAUGUUUCUUGAAUCUUUUGUAUUAUAUCUUCUAUUACACUUCUGUAAAGGAGAGUCUAUAAAACUGCUCAAGAAGGUGCGGGCACACUCCUUUAUAGGGCUAGUCCUGUCUGAACACUGUCUUCUUUAUGUAUAUGAUAGGGGAUAUAUGUUUGUCUAUGAUGUUUCUUUGUAUAUAUCUUUUGUAUGGGGCUUAUAAUUUUUAAUAAUGGGAUUGUAUGAUUUGAGCAGGUUACAUUUAUUCACCUGAACAGUGAGAUUUUGCUUAACCUGCUGUUAUAAUUCAGGUCUAGAGCAGAUUUUUCUUGGACUGUUGCUAUAUUCAUGGCACCUCCUGUACUGCCGCUCUCUAAGAGAUCAGUGUUUUAUCAGUGUGCAUUAACUUAAUUUGCUGGAAUGAUGAAACUUCAUGCAAAAAAAGAUAUAAAGCAAUAUUUUCAUUUAAUAAGCAAAAUAUUCAAAGCAAUAAAAGACUAACCAUGUAUUCAGCCAGAGGGGUUGGAUUUUGAAAGAGUAUCGGUCAGUAUGGUCAAACCUAUUACACCAGCUAUACUGUCUAGUGGGAUUGAUCACUUUGAUUAAAACAAUAUCCUCUUUAGGUCUCUAGGUUGAACAAUUGUCGAGAAAUCUCCAUUUGUAUUAUUUGUAUUUGGCAAUAACUGAAC